AUGCGAGGACUGUACCAACACCUCAAGAGAUCAGUGGGCCUCAGCGGGAGACAAGCGGGGGGACAGCAGUUCGUCGCGGAUGAGAACGGCGUGUUGCUCCGGAACAGGGACGACAUCCUCCAGCGGUGGGCGAGAUUCUUCAGCACCCUACUCAACACCAAAUCCCCCACCCUGAAACCAGGCAUCAUCGAACGAGUGCCGCAGCGGCCAGCGACAUCUGACACUCAGCGGUUGGGAGAUGUGCCAGAGAUUGAGGAGGUGGCACGGGCAACGAAAGGCCUGAAGAACUGGAAGGCACCCGGCCAUGACUCCCUCCCUGCCGAGUUGCUCAAGAUCGACGACGACGAGCCCUUCGUCCUGAGACACCUCCAUACCAUCCUCGUCAAGGUGUGGAACGGAGGAGAUAUCCCACGAGAGUGGAAGGAUGCAACCAUCAAGGUGCUGUACAAGAAGGGUGACCGGUCCAACUGUAACAACUACAGGGGGAUUUCGCUACUAUCUCACGUAGGCAAGGUCCCCAUCAAGAUCAUCACCAACCGUCUAAGCGCCUUCUGCGAAGCCAACAACAUCCUCCCGGAGGAACAGUGCGGAUUUCGACCCGGGCGAUCCACCGUCGACAUGCUGUUCGUCGUGCGCCGCCUCCAGGAGCUGGGGCGGAGAAAGAAAAUACCGCUCUACAUGUGCUUCGUCGACUUGAAGAAGGCGUAUGAUUCGGUGGACCGAGAGAUGCUAUGGAAGGUGCUGGCCAGGGCCGGGGUUCCCGCGAAGCUGAUCGAAGUCAUUCGCCAAUUAUACGAUGGAAUGCGGGCCAGGGUGCGCAUGGACGAUGGAGAAUUAUCGGACUGGUUCUUCGUGACACAGGGCGUGCGACAAGGAUGUGUGCUAUCCCCACUGCUGUUCAACAUCUUCUUCGCCGAGGUCCUCGAGGUCGUUGUCAUCCGAUUCAGCGAGGAUGAUAUUGUUUAGCGGAGCCUCGUGUGGUUGGAGGAAGGCAAGACGGAAGCGGGGGGGGA